CCACCACUUUGUUUUCACCACCCACUACUAGUUUUGUGCAUUUGCCUCCUCGAUCUUCUCAAGUCUCUUUAAUUUCUCAAAGGAAAGAAAAGAAACCAAAUUUUAUUUUCAGAGAAAAAAUGGAGGCAUUGAAGAUGAAGCUUUUCUUUGUUGUCAUGGCCAUGUUGAUCAUGGCAGCAUCAGCUGCAGAUUCACCAGCUCCAAGUCCUACAUCGGAUGCUACCACCUUGUUCGUGCCAACAGCGGUUGCUUCACUCGUUGCUCUUGCUUUUGGGCUUCUCUUCUGAGUUUGUCAACAAUGAAGCAAGCAACUAAUUGUAUUGUAUGGGAUUCAUUGUGUUUUCAUCAUUUUUAUGAUUCAUAUUACUUUGUGACACAUUCAUUUCCCACUGUACUUUUUUGUUUGUUAUGUUUAUAUUAUGGGCUUUAAUUUGAAUUUGAUGAUGUAAUAUUAAUGUCAUUUGUUUGGUUUCAUGAAUUUGUUCAUGAUGCCCUUCUUCUUUUGGUUAGAUUAUUGAGCACUCUUCUUAUUCUUUAUGAAGUUAUGAGGCUUAUUUCA